AUGGCAAACGACACCCAAUUCUAUAUUUUGGGUCUAAUACUCGUCCUCUUCGCUACAAGAUACUUCUGGCUUGUUGUCGCAAGUUGGGGAGUCUUUUUAGUCAGCUCGUGGGUCACAACAGCAUUUAUAUCUGUUCAUUAUGAAUACAUCGCCAGAGUGCAGGAGCCUUUCGCACUGUUUGACGAGCUGUAUGAUAAACCAUGGACGCGAGUUGGGCCGUAUCUUGUGGGAAUGGCAAUCGGCUGGUACCUGCAGAGAAACAAAUGCAAAAUUCAUAUGAAUCUGGUGGUGGCGACGGGCGGCUGGGCGCUGGCGCUGGGCUGCUUCGCGACGCUGGUGUACAGCGUGCUGCACGUCAAGAUGACGGUGAUCGGGUCGGCGGCGUACAUGGCGCUGGGCCACACCGCGUGGGGCGCCGCGCUCGGCUGGGUGGUGGUGGCCAGCUGCUGCGGCUACGGCGGAUUCAUCAACAAGCUGUUGUCCUUCAAAGCAAUGGUCCCCAUGAGUAGACUUACAUACUGUGCAUACUUGGUGCAUCCUAUCCUUAUGCUGAUAACGUCUUCCCAGAUGGACGGCCCUUUGCAUUUGCACACGUCCAUGGUGUUAAUAAUAUUCCUGGGAAACCUAAUGAUGUCUUACACGGUAUCAUUUAUGAUCUCUCUCGUAUUGGAAGCUCCUUUGGUCAAUAUUCUGAAAAUAUGUAUGGAACCUAGGAAGAAAGCCAAGUUUACUUUUAACUCCGGCAGUUACCUGUACAAGAGAGUCGCUUGCUGAAAUAACUGUAAAUACGUGUUGUAUAUAAUGAAGUGAUUGCUGACAGUCGGAAGUUAAGUGUGAAUGACAU